GCUUAUGCUGUUCUUGUUUAGAUCAAGUGGCAUUUGGGGUAUAGAAAACAGAGCUGACUCAUGUUUUUCUGGACAAGCAUUGAAAGUCGACCCCUCUCCUGACCAUCUGCUACAAAUAAUUCACUGAUCUAUCCUCUCUUUGCCUGGCUCCUCUCUCUCUCUCCUCAUCUUCCUCUCUUUUGCAGUCUCGGCAAUCAAAAUGCUUCCUCUGCUUCCAUAUUUCUUGCUUCUGUGUAUUUCUUCUCAUCUAGCUGCAGCUCUCAAGGAUGGAUUGCUGCCGAAUGGGAACUUCGAGCAGGGGCCGCGGCGAUCGGCACUGCGGGGCACGCAGGUGAUUGGCCACGAAGCGAUCCCGCAAUGGCAGACGGCGGGAUUCGUGGAAUACAUCCAGUGGGGGCAGAAGCAGGGGGACAUGCUGCUGGUGGUGCCGGAGGGCUCCUUCGCCAUCCGGCUCGGCAACGACGCCUCCAUCAAGCAGCGGGUCCGCCUCACCGAGGGCGUCCGCUACUCCCUCACCUUCAGCGCCGCCCGCACCUGCGCCCAGGAGGAGCGCCUCAACGUCUCUGCCUCCCCUGAGUUCGGCGUCCUCCCCAUGCAGACCAUGUACAGCAGCAACGGCUGGGAUUCCUACUCCUGGGCCUUCCUCGCCAAGUCCGCCGCCGUCGACCUAGUCAUCCACAACCCCGGCGUCUCCGAGGACCCCGCCUGCGGCCCCCUCAUCGACUCCGUCGCCAUUCGCCAGCUCUUCCCGCCCCGCAGAACCAACACGAACCUGUUUAAGAACGGGGACUUCGAGGAAGGACCCUACAUCAUCCCCAACACGACGUGGGGCGUCCUCGUGCCGCCGCAGAUCGAGGACGACCACUCGCCGCUCCCGGGGUGGAUGGUGGAGUCGCUCAAGGCCGUGCGUUACAUCGACGCGGAGCACUUCGCGGUGCCGCGCGGGCGGCGCGCGGUGGAGCUUCUGGCGGGGAAGGAGUCGGCCAUCGCGCAGGUGGUUCGCACGGUGCCCGGCCGUCGCUACGCGCUCACCUUCGCCGUGGGCGAUGCCGGAAACGCCUGCGCGGGGUCGCUGAUGGUGGAGGCCUUCGCCGGGGGGCAGACGGUGAAGGUGGCGUACGAAUCGAAGGGGAAGGGCGGAUGGAAGCGCGCGGUGCUGCGGUUCGCGGCCGCCAAGCCGCGCACACGCGUCGUCUUCUGGAGCUCCAACUACGUCACACGCAGCGACGACCUCAGCUCCCUCUGCGGGCCCGUCGUCGACGACGUGGCGCUCGUCAGCAUCCGCAACCCGGAGCGGGCGUGAGCACCGCACCGCCAUCAAUCACGUGCCGUCCCGUGAAAAUUGAAGACUUAAAAAUAUAGAUCGGCGGCGCAACGGUGCCGGUCACGUGAGCUAAACUAUUAUCAGAUCUUUAUUGUGCUUUGCUAGAUUUUGUUUUUUUUCGCUCUAAAUAUUAUCAUCAAUGUAUGAGAUUUUAGAUCUUUUCACUUCUUCGUCACUGUAUUCUGUUCCCUGUGCAAUAUUUCCGUUGCAAUAAAAUCAGAUAAAGUCUAGUCUUCAUCGUA